UGAGAGGUAGAAAGCGAGGAAGAAAGGUAAGAGGUACGAAGAAGACUCGGAAAGGAACGAUCAUCGAGAGACGGCAGUGCAUCGGGUGCUUCGCAGUGGACGGACGAUGUCGGUCCUACGAGACAUUUGAGACGCAUGAUAACGUCACGCAAAAAUGCCGAUCAUCCAGCUUCUUCUAUAUCUCGUGACCGUAGUCUUGUGCAACGUUCACGGUAGUCUUGAGCAUGAAAUCCCACGGAGAAGUUUCCUGUCGCGCAGAGCAAUUGAUGGGACUAGAGGAAGAAAAUAUUUCGAUCCCGAGGAAGAGGGUACCUUCGAUAGCUAUGGAUCAGCUGGUGGCCAAUAUGAUCGAUAUAAAGAUAAACAAGAUCAUAGUGACAUCAGGAUGAAUGUCCCAGGUGAACCAGAGAUCGAUUAUCCAGCUUACACUACAUUACCGCAGACAGGUUUUUCGUGUGAAGGGCGUUCACGCGGAUAUUAUGCGGACGAAGUAGCUGGAUGCCAAGUAUUUCACGUUUGUCACGACAUCUUGGUUUCCUCGUUCUUGUGCCCGAUUGGAUCCAUCUUUAGCCAAAAGCUUCUCACUUGCGAUUGGUGGAGUAAAGUUGAUUGCUCGACGACUCGAAAAUUUAUUGAAACAAAUCACGAUAAUCAUUAUCAAGAAGACGACGACGAAUUGAUACGCAAAGCUUACGGUAUGAUGGGUCUGCAAACUGGAACGGAUGUUGCCAGUGACGAAUUAGUGGAUCCUGAUAGAGGAGGAAAGAUCAUCGAUUACAUUACGAUCGAUUCCACUAGGAAUGAUUUGCCAAUUUAUCGUAAUGAUUUUCCACGAGAGAAAAAUCUUCCCAAUCAAUUUUUUUCUACUUACGAAGAACAUUCAGAAAGAACAAAUCCAAUUUAUACUAAUUCUUUUUAUAAUAAAAAUUAUUUCGAUCGAGCGUAUCAUGAUUCGCCUAUAAUUCGUAUCGAAAAAAUUGGAGAAGAAAAUUAUCGAGAAAGAGAAUCAGGUAGAUACGAUUACCAGGAUAUUCGAGACAAAUUAGGAAAACGGAUAAAUGAGUUUCAACCGUCGUAUGCACCAACCGUACCGACUGUAACUACUACCACAAGGAAAUUGUAUUCGCCUACAAUACCGACGACUAAUAGACCAUCAACUUUAGUUUAUAACAGGUUCGAUCAAGACAUCGAAAGUUCCGAUCAUCUUUACACACACAGUCAGGAAUCUAAAAGCUUCUUCACGCUAUCAACUCUUUCUAGUUUUAAUAAAAAUUCGAAAGGAAAGUACAAUGAUAGUAAUACGCAAAGCUACAAAAAUUACAAUGAAGAUCAGGAUCGCGAUCACUUGAAGGAAGAACCUUCGGAUAGUUACGAAGUUAUUAAACGUAUCGAUUCGGUCGAUGAACGGCUUGAAGAUUCAUUCAUCGGAGAAGAAUAUAUUGAUGAUAUUGAAAUAAAAGAAAGUAUUGGCAUCGGUCGAGCUUUAAAUGGAUCAAACAAAUUCAGGAUUCACGUGGAGGAUUCAAAAAACAAUGCGAAAGGUACGAAUGAAAAUAGUUCUUUGUCUCUAAACUCAAAUCGGUAUAAUUUAACCGAAUCGAUUGGAAGUAAUAUAGAAUCGAUCGAUCAGUUGCAAACUGAUACGACCGAUACUGUAAAUUAUGCAAGUAUUUUAGAAAAAAGUACAACUCCCAUGAUCGAAUAUUUAUCGCAUUUCAAACAUGAAAGCAGUAAUACAGAAAUAGAAGAACCAUCGACUACUUUGUCGUACAAAGAAAAUAUAACGUCAACGGAAACAACGAUACCAUUAGAUACGAAAUUAUAUUCUACGGAAAAUCCAGGUGUUUUUAGCAAUGACGAAUUCAAGAGUGGAACAAUUAUCGAUUCGACUAUUUUACAACCUGACAUUAUUUUAAAACCACCAGUUAUUACUGAAGCGAAAUUUCGAAUAAAUGUUCCAGAUUAUCCCUCUACAAAAACACCCAUUUUUCAUACGUCGUACAAUACAAUCUACUCAGAAAUGCAAAGUACUACACAAAUCCCAAUAGAUGAACAUUUAAUUAAUGAAUCAACGAACGUAUCGAUACCUUGGUUCCAGCAUACUACUGAUUUUCCGGCAACAGACAUAGAACCUCCGUUCAUUGGCUUCAAUUUAAAGGAUACCAUAGACGAGAUUGUCACUCAAACUUCUAGAUUUGAUACGCCUAUCAAAACCGGGAAUGAAGACGACAAAAUUCGAAGAAAUUCGAGGCAACAGGAAGAAGCUAAAUUCGUUAGCGAGUUGAUAGAAAUUUCCGGCGGAGAGGAUCGAACAAACAUUGCGACAAAUAUAAAAUCUAUAUCAAGUAUAGAAGAUGCGAUCGAAUUAAACAAAUCCCCAUAUCAAAUAUCAGUGACCCUGAAUACAAAAAAUGAAUCGGUACCAAUCAAAGAUGAUUUGAUUAUUAGUUUAAUAAAACAACAUGAGAGAAAUAAUUCUCGUCCCGAUAGAUUAGGUCAACUCGAAAUUGUCAAAUCUAUCGAGGGGAUUACUGAUAAUCGAAAUAACGAUUUUCCGUAUAACGAUAAUAAUAAAAUACCUUUUUUCAAAGAUACAAUGAAUUUAUCGAGUAAUCAAAAAGAAAUAGAAGGCAAUGCUGGUUCUGAUAAAUUAGGUCAAAUCGAAAUUGUCAAAUCUAUCGAAGGGGUUACUGACAAUCGAAAUAGCGAUUUACCGUAUAACGAUAAUAAUAAAAUACCUUUUUUCAAAGAUACAAUGAUUUUAUCGAACAAUCAAAAAGAAGUAGAAAGCAAUGCUAGUACGAGUAACGUAAACAAUUUAAGUCUUCUACAGUUAAUGGCAGAAUUACUUAAAAUCGAUCAUAUUCCUCGACCUUUCUCCUUGAAUCAUCUUCAAGGAUUCAAAUCAAAUUCGGAUUCUAAUUGGGAUCAAAGUGUAUUACCUACCACGACAAUUAAAUCCAUUGACGAUAGCUUACCAAAAGAGAAAAUUAUCGAGAAUGUUAAUUCUAAUAACGAUAAAAGAAAUGUCAUGCCACGAUUAAGAGAUAUUUUGGAAGGAACUCCACGAAGUAUUACGAAAAAUCGAGUCCUAGACGAAUUGACCAACAAUUUUGAUAGACCAUUAAACAAUGUAGAAAAUCGUCUAGCAAUUAAUAGUCAGCUACCUCAAAUACAAAGAUCUCUAGAUUUUGAGGAGUCUAAGGAAUUUAAUAACUCUCCGAAAACGUCAUUUCGAAAAACGACCAAUAACACCGAAUCUGUUAAAACCGUUGUGGAAACGGAGUUCCUACCUUCCAUAGGAUUUUCUUUUGAUACCAGUGAAGGUCGAAAAAAAUACAUCGAUGCUAUUCUUGAUGGUUUAUUGGACGAAUCGAUUCACGAAAGUAACACAAACAAAUCACUCAACGUGGAGAUGAUUGAUAAAUCAUCUUACAACGAUUCUCGAUCUUCAUUGGCUCAAAUUUAAUUACCUAUAUAUUAUUUUGUCAAUUCUCCUACUCUCUUCCAAAUGUGAUAUUCAAUGGUAUUCUUUAUUUUUUAUUCCUUUUCUUUUUUUAACAUCAAUUUUAUUCCACACACCCACACACACAGACACACACACAGAUAUAUGGAUAUGUAUAUAUAUGGGAUGAGAGUGAGUAUGCAUGUGUAUGUGAAUUACUUAACUUGAAUGUGCGUUUCGAAAAGAAAGAAAAGAAUGUAUUUUGGCGAGUAAGCUUCGAUUAUCAAAGAACGGUAGUAAAAGAAUAGCUCUAGCGAUGAAAGAAUAUUUUUAAAAAGUUCCAGAGAGUAUAUCGAGGUGUGUGUGUGUGUGUGUGCGUGUUACUGCGAGAAUUUUACUAAUUUGUGAGAUUUAUUUUUCACUUUUAUAUCUAUUAAUUAUCCCUCACAUUAAACU